UAACUACCCAUAUUCAACUAUUUAACCAUCCUUUCACUACCAUUUCACACGUCUCAAAAACAUUUUCUCUCAAUUUUCAAAGUUCUCAAAAGGAAACUAAGUUCAACCACCAGGAAGAAAGAAUCAGUUAACCAACUGGAAAUCACAUAUGGAAUCAAUUGUAGCCUCUGUACAACAUGAUUUGCCCCCUCCAACAAAUCAAGCUGAAUUUGAAAUGCCUUCAACAUCUGAACAUGCAGAAGACGUCGAAAGAUCAACAAAAGAAAAAAAAGGUAAGCAAAAAGAGACACAAUCUCCAUCACCAACGGCAACGAAUACUUUGGAAGAUUAUAACAUCGACAAAUACAAAAACAUUAGAGAAUGGAUAUCAGAAAAUCCAUCAGAUGCAUACUGGAAAGAUGAAAUCGACAAUCAAUACGCAAGACAUUCGCUGAUGAAUAUAAUAAAUCAAAUUAAAGAUAUAAAUAUUGUGGUAAGUCAACUUUAGCAAUCUUAAUUAAUUUUACUUCGUUAUUAAUAUAGCUAAUUUAAAUUUUUUUUA